GAGAGAGAGAGGACAGGACUGCUCUCCUUCCACCUUCUGCUUCCACAGUGGCAUUCAUCACUGCAGCUGCACAAGAGAAGGUUGGACUUAGCAGAGGACGGACACUUAUCCACAGAAGCAUGUUGCUGUGGUCAGUAUGGAGUUUUUUGUUACUUCUGACCACAGUGGACGCUGUGGAGGAUGAAGAUGUCCGAGCAGGGUGCAGCACAGCAGUAAAUGACCUGGUGUAUAUUGUCGAUGGUUCUUGGAGUGUUGGCAUGGAGGACUUUGACACAGCCAAGCAAUGGCUAAUCAACAUCAGCAGCCAGUUUGAUAUCAGCCUUUACUAUACGCAGGUGGGUGUGGUUCAGUACAGCGACACACCUCGGUUGGAGAUCCCCCUAGGGAGUCACUCCAGCGGAGCCCAGCUCAUCCAGGCCAUUCGCAGCAUUAACUACAUGGGAGGAAACACACAGACUGGCAGGGCCAUCAAGUUUGCUGUGGACCACGUAUUCCCAGCCUCCCAGCGGGCCAGCCAAGUCAAGAACAGAAUCGCAGUGGUUGUCACCGACGGCAAAUCACAGGAUGAUGUGGUGGAUGCAAGUAUGGAGGCACGAGCUCAGGGUAUUACCGUAUUUGCUGUCGGAGUUGGGAGUGAGAUCACCACCUCAGAACUGAUAUCUAUCGCCAAUAAGCCGUCGUCUACGUAUGUCCUCUAUGCUGAGGAUUACACCACUAUCGACCGCCUCAGAGACUCCAUGGAGCAGAAACUGUGUGAAGAAUCUGUUUGCCCCACAAGAAUCCCAGUCGCAUCUCGUGAUGAGAAGGGCUUUGAGCUGCUGCUGGGCAUGAACAUUCAGAAGAAAGCCAAGAAGAUCGCCGGCUCUCUUGUUUCUGAGACAGCCUACGCUCUAACUACCUCCACAGACAUUACUGAGAACACCAGAGAUAUAUUCCCAGAAGGUCUUCCUCCAUCGUAUGUGUUUGUUGCCACUAUACGUCUGAAGGGGACCUCAAGCAAAUUAAUAUUUGACCUAUGGAGGAUUUUGGCAAAGAGUAAGGAAAUCCAGGCUGCAGUAACACUAAAUGGAAAAGACCAGUCUGUCAUCUUCGUUACCACCAGCGUGAGCGGAAAAGAGCAAAGAGUCGUCUUCAAAACAGGCUUUAAGGAUCUGUAUGACGGGAAAUGGCAUCAGCUGAAGCUUCUGGUGAGGCCACAGCGGGUCGUCGGUUACCUCGACGAUCAAAUGGUCCAAGACUUCCUGCUGAAGCCUGUGGAGUCCAUUUACAUAAACGGGAAGACACAGGUGUCAAAGAGGCGGGGGGCACAUGUCACCGUGCCGGUGGAGAUCCAGAAAAUGCGUUUGUACUGUGACCCGUAUCAAAGUGAGAGAGAAACAGCAUGUGAAAUAUACUCAGUGGAUGAUGAAAGGUGUCCGCUGAAUCGAACAGCCACAGCAGAACAAGACGAGGAAGAAGAUUGCAACUGUGCACUUGGCCCACCGGGGCAGCGUGGCCCACCAGGGCGCAUGGGUUUCAGAGGAGAGAAAGGGAGAGAAGGACCACCAGGACCUGACGGUAAGCCUGGUAAAGAAGGUAAACCUGGUGAUCCUGGCCCUCCUGGAUUCCCAGGGAUAAAGGGUGAUGAAGGCCCCCAAGGACUAAGAGGGGAGCCCGGUGUUAAAGGAGACAAGGGAGAUCAAGGGGAACCAGGACUGCAAGGAAAACCUGGACCAACCGGACCACAGGGACUUCCAGGAGAGAGGGGUGAACCAGGACCUGCAGGAGAAACUGGCCUUAAGGGUGAGAGAGGUGACGUUGGACCAGUUGGUGCCGUUGGACCGAAAGGUGCCCCGGGUUCUAAGGGACCUCCUGGUGAAGUGGGCCUGCAGGGAUCUCCGGGCGAACAAGGCUUACCUGGGCCUCAGGGGCCACCUGGUCUCAAAGGAAACAUGGGAAUCCAAGGACCCCAGGGUCCACCUGGAGAGAUCGGUCAAGAUGGACCCAAGGGGAAGUGUGGUGAUCCAGGAGUUGCCGGCCCCCCUGGUCUUCCAGGACUAAAAGGGUUGGUGGGGGAGCCGGGCUUUGCAGGCCAGCCGGGUGCUAGAGGGCUACCAGGCUUUAAAGGUCAUAAGGGAGAGAGAGGAGAGACUGGCUCUAAAGGAAACCAGGGGGAGCGAGGAGAAGAUGGAGAACCAGGGACUCCCGGCGUGCCUGGCGAAGUCGGACCCAGGGGACUGAAAGGAGAGAGAGGAGUGAGAGGUGAAAGUGGGCCAAGGGGGCCUGAAGGAAAGAAGGGUGAUACGGGCCAUUUGGGCAUUGUCGGUCCCCGGGGCUUUCCUGGCCAAGAUGGACUGCCAGGUCAGCCGGGCCAACCUGGAUACCCUGGAAAACCGGGCAAGACUCCUUCAGAUGAACAUCUUCUUAAGCUGUGUACCGAUGUUUUCCGCAACCAACUCCCAGCAAUGCUCCAAAGCCUUUCCCUCCAAGCAAGCUGUGAAUCCUGCCAAACCGUGAAGGGACCACCAGGUGAGCCAGGAGCACCAGGUCCAAAAGGGUCUAUGGGAGCUCCAGGAUACCCCGGAAGAAGUGGUGCUCCAGGCUACCCUGGACCCCCUGGAAUGCAGGGUCCCGCAGGCAUCAAAGGAGACAGCGGAGAAAGAGGUCUAAAAGGCAGCAAAGGAGAUGGUUAUAGAGGUCCUCCAGGACCUCCUGGGCAGCCAGGAAUCCAGGGUCCUCGUGGCUUUGAUGGAAUUGGCUAUCCAGGCAACCAGGGUACUCCUGGGAAGCCUGGAAUACCAGGAGACCCCGGCAAACAGGGCAACCCAGGACUUCCAGGAGUUUGCGAUAUAUCGAUGUGUUAUCGGAACUACGGCCACAGGCAACACUACAACAAAGGACCCCACGUCUGAUGAUGUGCCAGAAAUACUGACUGGUUAUACGUUCAAAUGUUUGGAGGAAGUCAUUCACUGUAUCGCUGUUGACUCCCUCAAAAGAGACUGUGUGGGGAUGUUUGCACUGGAGGCAGUAGGCAGUAACCUCAUUACAUGUGAAAGGUUGUCUAAGAUCAUGAGGUUCAGGACCAAAGAUGGCCAGUAAUCCAGAAGACAAGUUUCCUCAGAAUUCCCUGCUAGAUGUUUCCUAAUUCCUAACCUGAAAUGUUCGGAUUUCUAAUCCAACAGAGACUGAUAGUUUUGGUCUUUAUGAAUAUCUACCUCUGCCUUUCUCUGAAUAUUGUUCCUUAAUAUGUUUUACCAUAAAUCUGUUGAAUAUAAAUUAAUUGUUUGGAAUUUAAGAAAAUAUGCAUAAGAUAUUGAGACUAACCUUCGCUACAUUGCUAUUACUCACUACCCCAUCAUCUGCAUGUGUUUUCCAUCAUAUAACUAACCUGUUCUGUAUUUUAGCUUGGCACCAAUAACUAGAAGACCAUAUGCUUUUACACUGAUGAGGUAAAACCUUAUGACCACCUGCUUAUAACCAUGUUUUUCCCCUGUUUGGUGGUAAGACAUUACUGAACUCUCAAGACAUGUAUUUAAUUAGAGUAAUGAAUUUCAGCAGGGCCUGUAUGGAUUGGGCCUGUUUUUCCAAAACAUCCAUCAGGCAACUUACUGUUGUGCUCUUUUGUAUUACUGAAUCUUAAACUCAUAGGGAAGUCACAUUUACAUGUCAAAUCAUUCUUGAUUAAAAGUGUAUAUAAAUUUA